AUGACAUCUCGCCAGCGCUGCACCUACUACUACACUGACCUUGGAGAAGGUCUUUUUGACUGCAAGACGUGUGGGCGUCAUCGGAAUCAUCUAUCAAGCAAGCACGAUGACUACGCUACCGAGUACGCAGAGCUCCAAGCCUCUGCGACACCGUCUAUUGCUUCGUUUGACUUUGCCGAUGAUUCGACACGCAAUAUCUACCAGAGCUUUUCCCAAAACCAGUACCACAUGUGA